CUUUGCUAAGACAGGCGAUCACUCACAGCUUUUGCAACAUGAAAGAAAAAAAGGAUUUGGAGACCCAAGGGAAGAGAAAAGGAAGACUUACGCUGGUCCUGGCCUUAGCUACCCUGAUCUCCGCCUUUGGCUCCUCUUUCCAAUACGGCUACAAUGUUGCUGUGGUCAACUCUCCAGCCACGUUCAUGAAGGACUUUUAUAACUCGACCUACCAUGAUCGCUAUGGAUCACAUAUCGACAGCAGCCUUCUCACCCUUCUGUGGUCCUUGACUGUGUCCAUGUAUCCACUGGGUGGUUUCUUUGGCUCCCUCAUGGUGGCUCCACUGGUGAACAGAUUAGGAAGGAAAGGCACACUCCUCUUCAACAAUAUUUUCUCCAUCGUUCCUGCGAUCAUGAUGGGAGUGAGUGAGGUGGCAAAGUCUUAUGAGAUUAUCAUUGUUGCUCGUGUUUUAGUAGGCAUCUGCGCAGGUUUAUCCUCCAAUGUGGUUCCUAUGUACUUGGGUGAACUCUCUCCAAAAAACCUGAGGGGAGCUAUUGGCAUAGUGCCCCAGCUCUUCAUUACCAUUGGCAUCCUCACAGCUCAGGUGUUUGGCAUUCGCAGUAUCCUGGGAAGCGUAGAAGGCUGGCCGAUCAUGCUCGCUCUGACGGGAAUCCCCGCCGUCAUUGAGCUCUUCCUCCUGCCCUUCUUCCCCGAGAGUCCCCGAUACAUGCUCAUCCAGAAGGGGGAUGAGAAGUCAGCCAGGACAGCCCUGCAGCGUUUGCGUGGCUUUGAGGACGUGGAUGAGGAGCUGAGUGAGAUGCAUUUGGAGGACCAGUCAGAGCGAGUCGAGGGUCGUCUGUCUGUGCUCAACCUCUUCACCUUCCGCUCAAUGCGCUGGCAGCUGGUGUCCAUCAUCAUUAUGAACAUGGGCCAGCAGCUGUCUGGUGUCAAUGCGAUCUAUUACUAUGCAGACAGUAUCUUUGGCUCUGCAGGAGUGAGGCAGAGUGACAUACAGUACGUUACCGUUGGUACAGGGACUGUUAACGUCUUCAUGACCGUUGCUGCGGUGUUUAUAGUAGAGGCCUCUGGUAGAAAGCUGCUUCUCUUGAUUGGGUUUGCAAUCUGUUGUUUUUCCUGUGUUCUUCUCACUGUUGCCCUCAACCUCCAGGAAAGUGUGGACUGGAUGCCCUAUGUCAGCAUUGUCUGCGUGAUUGUUUAUGUCAUUGGACAUGCAAUUGGCCCAAGUCCAAUUCCAUACGUGAUCACCACGGAGAUGUUUCGCCAGUCUUCCCGCCCUGCAGCGUUCAUGGUGGCAGGCUCUGUGCAUUGGCUCUCCAACUUCACUGUGGGCUUGGUCUUCCCUUUUAUGGAGAGGGGACUGGGAGAAUACAGCUUCAUUAUCUUUGCUUUCAUCUGCCUUGCCACACUCAUCUACAUCUGGAUUAUCAUCCCAGAGACAAAGAACAAGACCUUUCUGGAGAUCAGCAAGCUGUUUGCAAAGAGGAACAAGGUAGAGAUCGCUGUGGAUUCUGGAGAUUUGGACAUCAAAGAUAUGACAGUAAAAGAAAGCUGGAAGGAUGAGAAGGCCACUGCCUUCUGAGAGAACAAGACAGAGAGAGAGAGAGAGAGAGAGAGAGAGAGAGAGAGAUCCUCUGUGUUAGAGACUGUGUGUUGUCAAGAGUGUUUCUGUAUAUUUCUUCUCAGUGCAAAAACCAAUAUAAAAAUCUUUUUUGAAAUAAAUUGUGCAGAUUUUAUUUCUGUAUGUUUAAAUCACAGAUUUCAUUGUACACAAAUAGUUUGUACACAAAAACUGGAAAAAUGUCUUUAAUUUGGGGCAAGAAUAUGUCAUCAUGAGCAAACAUUUUCUUGUGCUAAUAUGCUUAAAAGGGUGAAAUAACCACAUUUCAUCAUGUGGUGCACUCUAACAAAUACAAAUGUCUCUAGAGAUGUCUCUUAGUCAAGCAAUGGGAAGCAUAAACACAAUACAAAUAUGUAUUUAUUGACAAUACAGAGAUAUGGAUCGUAUAAGCUUGUGUAUUGUUUGUUCUUAUUAAAAAUAUGUCAAUAACA